CUGUAACCGCCUCGUCGCCGUUUUGGCUCGACGGCCAGGGCCACGACUAUGAGCCCGCCGUCGUCUCCACCGCGGGGAGCCACGCCAGAGGGAGCAGCCGCCUCCUUGGCCGGAAGGAGUGUUCCGGCCGUCGGUUUCGUUGCCACACGCGUGCCGAAGGGCGACGCUGCAGAGGGCCAGUAGAGGGCCGUUGCCUCUGGCGCCGCUGAUCUGCGCGGAUGCGAGCCGAGGGCCGCAUCGUUCGCCUGGGAGCGUCGCCGGCCUCGGUCUUCUGUGCCGCGACGCGGUUGGAGGCUGUCCUCAUGGGCGCCGAGCCUGCCAUCUGUGACUUGCGCAGUGGGAGGGCGUGAAGCCAAGCACAACGGCGGGGCCUGUGGCCACGACACACCGAGAGGAGCACCGUCGGGCCGAGGGCCGCUGCGUGCUCCGCGCUGGGAGCCGCAUACGUCACUGGGAAGGCGUCGCCGCGGUCGCGCGUUAGGCGGCCGUUGGCGGCUUCGCGCCUAGGCCGCGCCGCCUCGUUACCGCAGGACGCGAAGCCAGUGAUUCCGGUCUCCCAGUCCAGCGAGGGGCCGAGGCCAAACGAAGCUGAUUGUCCAGCAAUGGCGUCCUUGAUGCAAGAUGGCGGCGAGCGCCACCACCAGUCCAGUGACGAUGGUAAUGAAUGCACAGUGCGAGGCUGCCGCUUGGAAGCACUUCCGCCGGGCUGAGGGCCGCCGAGGUAGCGGGCGCCACCACGCCUGGCCGAGGGCUGAGGCCGUCCAACUAGCGAGCGAUGCCGUAGCCGGGGAACGCCGCACCGGUGGAGUCGCUCUGCCUGGAGCGUGGUGAUAACGUAUUGAAAUAGAACGAGACGCAAUCUGAUAGUAAUGAAAAACUGUGUCUAUUGACAAUGACAAGUUACAUAUUUAUAAUCCCCGAAGGGGCGCAUCCGAAAGGACACGACGGUUACAAGAGUUGCAUCUCUUUAUAUGACAGUUUGGAUAAGUGGAGAUUUAAUCUCUUAAUUAACUUGUGUUAAUUAAGUCUUAACACUCACCACACGCCUAUCCAUACUGCCACACGCGCCUCGUAGCUUCUUCGCCGCUCCAGGGCGUCCACCGCUUCCUCUCCUCGCCGCUUCAGCGUCCCGCCACCGACGCGUCAUCAUGCCGUCGCGCCGCCGAGGAGCGUCGAGCUACCGCGGCGUCCGCCAGUGCCCCAACGGCUGAUACUCCAUCGAGAUUCGGUCCGGCGACGUUCGGUUCGGCCUCUGUACGUUUCGGACCUCGCACGAGGCUGCACGCGUCUACGACGCGGCGGCGUGGCGCCUGGACAGGCCGCACCAUCAGAUGAACUUCCAGGAUGUCGAAAUGCGCCAGCAGGCGCAGGACGUCGCCCCUCCGCCUCGUCUUAUCACGGAUCAGAACCGUGCGAAGCACGCUCGGCGGCAGCGCCGCCUCCUCCUCGUCGAGGAGGACGAGCGGGCCAUGGCAGAGUGGCGCCAGCGCCACCCGGAGGACGUCGCCAACGAGGAAGCCUUCUGGGCAAGGCGCCGCGAGGAGACGGCAAAGCGCCGCGAGGAGCGGUUGGACAUGCGUCGGCGGAAGGCCCUGGCGUUAUCGCAGUGCGAAAUCGUUGAAAAUGGUGGGCAGUCGAUCUUUUCGUCUGAUGAUGAUCGUUGGGAAGACAUGUGGCUCAAUACCUCGGACCAGACCAGCGAGGAUGGCGAUGAUGAUGAUGAUGACGACUGGGAGUAGGCUGUAAUUACACUAUCUAGUAGUUUUUUUAAAAUUGUUGCACCGUAGUUUCUUAUCCAUCUAUGUUAUGGAACUAUGUAAAAUAUCUAUGUAUCGUUUUGAUCUAUGAAUUUUAUUUUAUUGUUUUAUAUUAUUUAAAAAAUGUACGCAAUGUUUAGCGCAUGCUGCAUUUUAGCACGGCCGCUAAAGCUACGCGCGUGCUCUCAAUUUUAACGCGGCUGCUGGAGCCAGCGCUACCGGCCGCAUCAAACCAGGUGAAGGGCGUGCGGCAAAUGAGUUUUUAGCACGCGGCGCGUUGCCCGCGCGACUGUUGAAGAUGCUCAAAAAUAAGGAAAAGGUGUGGCUACGCCCAGCUGCCCAGGGGUACUCGUGCUGAAAUUUGAGAUGGGCUCUAGGCCCAUAUAGCAAUUUUUGAAAAAUCUCUAAGGGCCCAUGUGGUUAUGUGGCACUAGGUGUAGUGGGAAGUUUA